AUGUCCCAGACAGGUUUUUGUAGUCUCUUUUAUAUCCAUGGGAAGCUAUGUUCUUAUCACCCUGUAGAAGUGUUGUUAGUUUGUAUCACUGGAACAGUUUGCUUGUUAACCUUAAACAUCUAUGAUGCCACACACCACUUCGCAAGUCAGCAAAGUGAAAGUUACCAGCAAAAGGUUAGUUUGAAAAAACUUGAGGCUACUUUCAAGAACCGUUGCAUUUUUAUAUUGUCUAAAGCUUUGUUGAUGACAAGUGCAGAAGCUUUUUGUCAGCUAUUCACCUUAAUUGUUUACAGAGUCAGGGUCUCGGCAUAUAUGAAACAAAUGUAAGGCUUACAUAAGCUCACUGAAGAAUUUUGAUCUUUUUGCUAGUGAGUGGAUGGAGAUAAGGCCGAUUGAAGUUAAGCGGUUUACUUUAAUGAUAGGACGAAGAAAUGUCACCAACCAUACCUAAAGCCUCGUCGGAAAUAUCUAGAACAGUGUGUUAAAAUAUUCUUGACAGUCUUAAGCGUGUGCCUUUUAUUCUUAAUCCAUUGUACAGAUUUGCAACGGAAGCAGUUUUUAAAUUUCUUGAAACCUCGCACCCCCUGACUGAAACAAAAAAACCACACUAUUCACUAAUUAAUAACCUCUUCCUCUCGAAUAUUUUCUAUUGAACCACGUUUCCAAGUUAUUAAUUUACUUUGGAGGGUAGGCUCUUUCAACAAAUGACAUCACACAAACUUUCUAACAAUGUUAACUUCCAGCCAAAAUCCAUAGGUGUUCAUAUAUCGUUGUUUAUUAGUUUAUGUUAUCAACAUGAAAUCCAUAUAUAAUGGUAAUUACAAACUGUCAAGAGUGUAAAAAUGCAGCACGCAGUUCACCUGUGACGAUGGUUUAUGUCUAAAACGAUGUCAAACCUCAGUGCUAAAUACAAAAUUAUAGUCAAAACAAAAGAGUUAAUUAACUUAAUUCAUAAGGACUAACUUAUAGGGGAUAGAUCAAGACUUUCCAAACACAUUUGGGUCUUCUCCUUUUCUACUUUCACUGAUAUCUUAGUUUUCAACUUAGGAUUCUCUAUACAGUGAAUAAUGAAAUGCUUACUGUUUUCCCUAAUACUUAGCCACUAAAUAGGGAUUUAUCUGGUGGAUACGUUAUUGGUAAAAUGCAUUAUCAGGAUAAACCAGAAUGUCCUUUGUCUCCUAUAUAUUAAUAAUAUUAGACCCAGGAAACAAUGGAAUUCUGAAUCAAACUUGGUUAAAAAGUGGUUUAACUUAAAAACAGAUUUUGCUUUUUACUGAUAUUUAAUUUUAAUUUUUACUGCUAUCCAACUUGUGAGCAACUUGGUCUUGAGCAGUUUAAUCAUUGGCCAAUACAGUCAUGUUCUUAAAAGUACCUUUUCUUAAUGUAAUCAUGUCAGCACAGUAAUGAUCAUCAUGAUCAAUCUGUUCUGAUCAAAUAGGCCUCAUGGAGCAUGUUUUGGUCAUCACAAUUUGGUAGUAUUUUUCCAUGUGUGGAUGCAUUUCCUUUUUCCUGUUAAUUGAGAAAAAGAUGUUAGAUUUGUUUUAUGGUCCUGUAGAGAGAAGGAUUUUCCUCAUGUGAAGUAAUAUUUGAUUCCUACUGCUUCAGCAAAUACUUCCUUAAUAGAGAUGUGCCUUUAAUUGUGGACAAGGGUUUAUUUUUUAACAUCAGUAAAACAACCUUUAUUCUCUCAAAAAAACUCCCUAUAAUCUGCUGUGUUAAAAGUUGUAAAACUUCGUUUCAUCAUCUUUAUCCAUUUAUUUUCUGUCAUUUACACUAUUAAAAUUAUUUCUGUUAUUUUAAUUUACAUUGUUCUAUUAAAGAAGUCUGCUAUUGCCAAAGCUUAAUGCUUUUUAAUUAGAUUUCCUUUAAAUCUCCUUGUGUAAUGAUUUCAGAAGAAAAUAGUUCUUAAGAAAGAGUGAAACACAUUAAAUUUUCAUCAUUGUUCUAUGAUUAUGUGUUAAUUAAAUUAAUUUUCCUUUUUCAUCUUUGGUAUUCAAAGAAGACAAAAGUAGCACAGUUGGUUAUAGCUUCAUGAUUUUGUUCUCUUUGUCAGGUUUCUUUGCCGGUUGGCUUGCAUGUUGGUCCAACAAGUUAUUUCUUUGCACUAGUGUGCAUUUAUCUCCAAUGCAAGAAACUCAUUCAACAAGGAUCUUCAUAUGUGCUAGGUAGGAGAUGACCUACUUAAUGAAAUAGCUCUCUUUGAAAGGGUUCCCAGUUUAUUUAAAUGUGGUGUACAACAUCAGCUUAAAAUCCUUGGCUCAAAUUGUAUUUUCCUUUAUUUCAACACAGUAGUCAUGCAUACCAUACCAAACACAGGAACAGACUAACUUAUGAACAAAAGAUCAAACAGACGUAUUGUCAAUAAUGUUUGGGUUUUAGUCAUUGCUUAUUACUGGUAAAUGUAUCGUCAGUGUAAUAUUAUUAUUUUACUGUUAGCAAUUUUAAAUCCAAAACACACUGUAUUUGCUGCUCAGAUCAUUGACUUUCUAUUAUAGUUCCAAGCAGAUCUUUCGUAGUGUAGUUUGAUUUUGUUGUGAGUCUCCACAGCUCUUAGAUCAUUCUUGUCUCAGGAUAACACUGAACAUUUUCAUUUCUUUAACUUGUAGGUUUUGUCUCUGUGUUUGCAGUCUUCUCAUGCGUAGUUUUCAGUUCAAUAGUUGCUAACUUGUAUGGCCGAGAUUUUUGGGUUGUCAGGUAAGAAGGUAACAUAACUCGCUGCUUUUGAAUUAGUGACCUUGAAUCUUGUAACAACUUGACAUGGCAUGUGCAUUGUGUACAUGAUAAAACAGAUGUGACCCUUGACAUGUGGUUUUACCUCUGCAAACCAGCUGUACAGUGUAUAUGUGGCUAACCAAGUGACUUCUUAUUAAAUAUCUCCCAUAAACAAAAUUUUUGACAUUCAGGAUAUGUCCACUAUAAAAUUUCCAUUUUUUUAUUAAUGUGUAUUUAUUCCAGGCUCAUCAGGAACCUAAUUGCAUAGUGUGUUUUCAAGUUGACUAAUAAAAUAAAAUUCUCUUUGUCUUGUAGUGUAUAGUUGGGAUAUCUUUUCCUUUUUAGUGUUCAUUUGACGUUUAUUCUUGUUGCCUGAUACUGGCCAUGAACUGUCACUUCCGUUAGAAGUUAAUUGUUGAUUACUUUAAGCAUGAUAAGGUGACUGCAAGAAAUUUUUCUCUUAGGGAAGCUUUACCAUACUUCUUUCUUCUGAGUGACUUCAAUGCUGCCAGCUCAUUAGUCAAACACACUCUCCAGUCAGCUACAUAUGUGAGUUACAUUAUGUUGCUUAAAAUUUUGUGUGUAAGACUGUUUCCUUUACUUUUCUCUUUCUUUCGAAUUCACCAUAGUAAAUAGUCCAUUCAAAAUUGUGAUUUAUGGGACAUGUUUCCUUUACUUUUUUUCUUUCUUUUACCAUAGUAAAUAGUCCAUUCAACCUUGUGUUUUAUAGGACGUGGUGCAUAGUAGAAUAGCUGAGAGCAUUGCCUCCUUAGGACCAACCCUUACUCUUAAUACUCUUGUUGGUGCUUUGGUUAUUGGUACUGGAACACUUUCAGGUUUGUACAUUUUUAAAUAUUUAAGUUUAUUGAAAUUAGAUACCAUGAGUUAAGAAUUGGCUUUUUGUUUCUGUUCUAAUAUUGACUAAUGAUAUGUAAUUUAACUCUUUAUCGUGUUAAAAUAGAAAACAUAUCUACAGCUCAGGCUAGUUUGUUUAAUGGCCAGAGUUAAUGCAAACAGAAGAAAUCCUCAAACCCUCAGUCUGGUUCUAAUAAGAGAGUAAUACAUGUUAUACAUGUACUGUGAACAUGUAGUAGAACUGACAAUAAAUAUUUGCACCAAGUCUUGCCAAUCACUGUCUCAAUUCUUUGUUUCCUUCAUUUUUUUUGUAGGAGUUGCAGAGUUGGAAACCAUUUGUCAAUUUGGAUGUUUAUCUCUUGUAACUCACUAUGUUAUAUUUAUGACAUUCUUCCCAGCCUGUCUGUCUUUAUUUCUAGAGGUAGGUUUUUUUGCACAGAAAAUACUGGACUCAAAGCAAUUUUUUAGUUCAAACAUAAAAUAUUGGUAAGGCUGUGAUUACAAUGUACUUAUUGGUUGUACUAUUAUCGUCAGCUGUGUUGUGGAAGCGGCCAAGGUUGUCUGAGAUGGCAGUUUGAAACCACAGGCAUCCCAGUAGAGGAACUGGAACCUAACCCAGUUGUACAAGGAGUGAAGCUUAUCAUGGUAAUUUUUGCAUUCCUUACAAGUAAACAAUUUUGGCUUGUAUAUUGCAGUAUACGUAGUAGGUCAACAUUUCACUUUCAUCAAAAAGCAAUGCUUUUUCAGAAUUUCUAUGUGCUCCACAACUUAAUUUUUGGUUGUUGUCAUUUAGUCAACAGGAUUGACACUUUUUCAUCUGCAUCGAUGGGUUAUGCUGAAGGGUGAUGAUUAUGAGAAUUCUCAGGGGAUGUCAAGACAAUCAGAAGAUAAAAAUGGGUUUACAAGGUAUGGAAAACAUGAUCAUUAAUCUCUAAUUGAUCACUCAGAGACAAUGUUAGUCAACCACAAUAAGUUGAAAAGUAUGAAUGUAACAAGAGUAAACUCUGUUUCAUAUUGUUUGUGAAAAAAAGUAUGCUUUUUAAUUCUCCCCAGGUGAGAAAACUAUUGAAAGGAAAAAGAUACUUGUAUUUUGUUCUCAACCAGUGUCUUUAUGGAAUGCAAAAUAUUGAUAAUCUGAGACUGAAAUAUUUUUGAAGUGUGACAAAAUGUCUUAUGUGACAAAAUGUCUGCAAAAGCGACAACAGGACAGAUCAAAAUAAUAUGAUUAUGUCUUGAAAUUAAAAUAAAUGUUGUUUUUGUCAUGUCUCUGGGACAAAUUGUCAUGAAUUGGCUGAUUGAUUGCAGCAGGAUUGUAAGGGUACAAUUUAUUCAUCCAAUAAUAAUUAGUUACAUUUCCUCUAAAUCUCUAAUUUGGCAUCUGUUCACCAAGUGCAAAUUGAUAUUUCUCUCAAGAUAUUGUUCUUAAAUAUUUCAGGACCAUUUCGUUUUAAUCUAAAUCCUUGAAUAUUAAGUGUUGAGUUGCAUUAUUCUAUUGAUGAUCACCAGUGAGUGCACUAAAAACUUGCUUUGUGUCUGUCAUUGUUUAAUAGUAUUUUGCAGCCUGGUUGUCUCACCUGAAGUUCGCAGACAAUGCAAUCUUCUUUGAUCUUUUUGCUUUCAUUUUUUUCAAGUAUUAUUGGCAAAUCUGAUUAAGGAAAUUCUAUUGUAGUUAAAAACUUAAGCAUGUGAUAACUUACAGACAAUUGGAUCAGUCUGAUUUAUACAAAUACCAGUUUGGAGCUAUUAUCAUAAUACUAUCACAGUCACCAUUAUUGGUAAAAGCCAGGCAUGAAACAUGAUCUCAACAUGUUGCAUUUUUUGUCAGCUUUGUUCAACUGUACAUCCAUUUAAAAACUGCACAUGUACAUGUAGCCUGCUGCACUUACAAACAUAGACUCAAACAUAUAGGAAUCAUCAUUUUACAUAAUAAUGGUACAUGUUGAUACGCUUUGCAACUAGAAAAAAAAGUUUUGUGUUCCAAGAUUUUUAAAUUCAGAUGCAGUGUAACAAAUUGUAAUAAUAAUUCUUCGCAACAGUGGUCGUGAAGACCAGAUCUGUUAAAUGAUAGGUUGUGGAGAUUCAGAAACUGGUGCAUUUUGCCAAUAGUUGGCCGUUGUUAACAUGUUACUGACCACUUCCUGUUUGUUUUAGUUUUUUGGCAGGAAAUACGGAACAGGUAAGAAUAAGAUUUAUAACAAUUAUUAUUUCACCCCUUCUCCCAACCUCCAACCCCCCUGUAAAUUACCUGGGGAAUAGGCUUAUACAUAAGUGACUUUCUCCCAAAAAGCAAGCAAAAAAUAGCGAUUCAAUCAUGAGCUGAUGAAGAAACACUUACCAUAUGUACCGCUGCUGUCUUUGCCGUCAGAAAACAUCUGUAUCCAAAAAUUAGAAAAACUUUAUGAGUGGAAUAACAAACAUUGUGGUAGUAACAUAUUGCUCAGUAGCUAUUUGUAGAAUCAUCACACUUGAGGGGUUUCCGUGAAGGAUAGAAGCACUUUUUUUGCCACCAGAAGUUGUUUUUCUUGAGUUUAAAACUGAAUCAAGAUGUUUGACCCAUUCGCCCCUGAGCCGCCUGUAACCGCUCGUGCAGAUCCACAUCCCUUCUACCACUUGUGAUGUAAUUAGUUUUAGUUGUCAAAGACCACUCUCCGCUAAGUUGUGCAAGGUGAAGAGACCGUUCAAACCAUACUAGAAUGAGCAUAAUUCAGUGAGGACACCGAAGAAAAAAAGCAAAAAAACCAUGUGACAUUGCCCUGAACAUUUCUGUGAAAAUGUUGUUCCAUUACCCACCUACCUUUCAUUUCAUCUAAUUCUAAGAUCCUAAAACCCUUCCUAAAAACUUUUCCCACCAAAGUGAAGUCUACUAAAAGAAAAAAAAGAAAAGAAUAAAAAAUGGGGCAAGAAAAGCAAAAAAAAGGGGAACGAGAGAAAGUGAAAAGUAAAAGUCAAGACUGUUGUGUCACUUUUAAACCCAAAAACUAUCUUGAAGUUUUGCUUUCUGCACAUUCCCCCUCUUCACAAGCUAAUAUUUUGCAUCUGGAUCACAAGGCCGCGAGACCUUUCAAACCACACUAGAAUGAGGUUAAUUCAGUGGAGGACACCGAAGAAAAAAAGCAAAAAAACCAUGUGACAAUGCCCUAAACAUUUCCGUGAAAAUGUUGUUCCACUACUCACCUACCUUUCAUUUCAUCUAAUUCUAAGAUCGUAAAAGCUUUCCUAAAAACUUUUCCCACCAAAAUGAAGUCUACUAAAAGAAAAAAACAAGAAUAAAAAAUGGGGCUAGAAAAGCAACAAAAGUUUUAGCUCUUUGGAGCACGAUAGUGACCAGAAAAACGUUCAACUAGCUUCAAAACGCUUUUUUCGGCAAAAUUUCAAGGGCCAAAUGGUUUAAGGUUAUGAUAGAACAGUUGUGAAUUAGGGCCGUAUUAAUUACUCCUAAAUGUCCAUUUAUGAAUUUUAAGUCUUAGUCAGUCAUAAUAAGUCUUUUUAUAUCCUUAGUGAAAAAACUCUUUUUAGGUUAAGACAAAGAAAACUUAGUUAACAUUUGAAUAGAACAUUUUUCCCUUAAUUUAAAUAGUGUGUAACAUAUUUAGGAUCUCUUUCAGAUUGUAGCUGCUGUGUUCGCUAUUGGUCUUGCACUAAGAUACCUGGUAGCAUACAAAGAUGAAGGAACAUAUGACCAAGUUGAGAAGAAAAAAGUUAUACUGGUAUCAGAGGACAAAACCUCCUCUUUAGCAACUGCAUCUCAUUUUGAUGGUGGUCAAAAGGAUGAAUCGAGCCAAAUAGAGACUGAACCAUCAGAAACGGAGCAUGCACAUGAAAAAAGUAUUGCAUCAGUACAGGCUAAGGAAGUUACAGAUAAUUAUUUAUUAUCAAGAACAAAAGAAUUUAGUGAAGUAACUUGGAAAGAUUCCAGCGUUCAUGGCUUGAGAACCAAGGUGUUAAGGAGAAGAACAGUAAGUGAAGGCCAUGGUUGUAAUGAAUCAAGUGAUGAUAAUCUGCAGAGUGAGGAGGUGUCAAUUUCUAGAACCAGUCCUUCAAGGAGGGAAUACAAAGAACGUAGUUUGGAAGAGUGCAAGACAAUUUUCAAACAGUCGGUAUGCAUUAAUAAGAAUUAUUCAAUUGAUUUAUUAUUAUUAUUAAUUAUUAAUUAUUUUGAUUUAGUUUAUUAUCUAUUGUAAUAAAAUACAUGCUGUAUGCAAAAAUUAUGUAUUAUUAGAGUUAUGUCAUUUUCAAGCAACUAAGUUUAUAGUUCUUGCAUGUUGUGGUUAUAACAGUAAAUAAAGCCAUGGAAGCCAUGGCUUUGAUGGUAAUCAUUACACUGAAAUAGCAAACAACAAUCUUCUGCUUAUUAGUAAAAGUACAGACCACUAAACAGGAAAAAAUAGACAUAAUUGAAGCUGUUGUAUUAACUGAAGUUACAACAUCUUGUAACAACAUUUUCAACAUUAUCUCUUCACAACAGACUGUAACACCAUUUUUGCUGUAACUCUUUGCGAGCAGCAACACUAUUCCAGAUCAUUGAUGUUUGUCUGUGUGUAGCCUGGGCACUUCACUUUUGGAUUGUUCUCUCGAUUCUUUCAUCGUGAGUUUUUUUCAAGAUGGAAGGUUUUUGUCUGUAUGGGGCCUGGGCACCUCAAAAUUUGAGGUGCCCAGGCCCUGAUAAGGACUGAUCUCUUAAUUCUUUCAUCAUGAUUUUUUUCGAGGUGGAAUGGCCCCUGAAGUAAAUAUGUAAGCUCGAUUAAGCAUUUCAAAACAAUUUCUUUUUGGCAAGACAGAAACAAAACUAAAACUUAAUUUGCUUUGUUUUAAAAACAUAGAACAACAAUAAUUCUUGGAAAAUCCUGUGAGAUGAAACAUUGUUUAGAAAUUAGUCACUUUAUGCUGUCAUGUUAUAUGUUUUUUUAGGCCAAGUUAUUGGGGAGAUGGGGUUGCAUUGUGACAUGGAAAUGAUUCCAAUUAAAACUUAUGUGUUUUUAUUUUAUGCAAAAGUGUAACUUGCUUAUUUAGACAUUAUAAUGGUUGAAAUUACAACCUUUACUUAAAAAUGGAAUUCUUUCUUGUUGUUUCUAUAACAGAUGAUAUAUUACACAGACUGUAUUUACUGUAUAAACUCUACUUCCUUUAAACUCUUCUUAAGAUUUAUGAAUGUUAUGCCCUAAUUUCACAGGAUGGAGUGUAUACCUUAAGUGAUAAAGAAAUUCAGAUGUUAGUAGAAUCGAAAACAAUUCCUGGACAUCAGCUUGAAAAGGUGUUAAAUAAUCCUUCAAGAGCUGUAAAGAUCAGGUAGACGCUACCUCUAUUGAAGAUGAUUAUUUGAUUUUCAGUUGGUUAUUUUCUUGCCAGCGCAUAUCCUCGUGGAUUGCUAGUUUGAUUCAAGUAGUAGUUAAGCUUUCUCAGAGUUAAACUCAGGAACUGAUGCAUUGUUGCCAUGUACUAUUCAAUAGGCCAUUUUUGAGCUACUUCAAGCCUCUGUUUCAAAGGGAGGCUAAGUGCAAAGCCAUUGAUCAAUAUGAAAAUUAUUUUUUGUUCUCGUGCAAAUAAAACUCAUUUUCACAAGAAAGGUGAAGCCUUGUUUUAAAAGUGAGAGUUUUUGGGAAUCAGAAAUGGCCUACAUUGAAGUUUGGUAGGUUUGAGAACAGUGAUAUAGUGGGUACUCCUUCUUACUUAAAACAUGCAGAUAAUUCAAAAGAGAAUCUCUCAUUUUUCCUGAAUGUUGUCAAUUUGUGAGCUGAUCAUGCAUCUGGGAUAUUAAAAGAAAGUGAAAUAAUACUUGAGCUUUUUGUUUGAAUACUUAGAAGUUUACAGUAGAAUCUUUAACAAUAAUAAUGUUAUUGUUAAUUUUGCAGACGUGAAGUAGUGUCAAAGAAGCUGCCAGCUGAAACAGAUUUGGAGGAACUUCCUUGUAACCAUUAUGACUAUGGCAGUGUAUGUAUAUCAGCUUUCCUGCUACACUUGAUUUAUGACAGAGUUCCCAAAUCCCAACAAAACAUUGUGGGCCCAUAAAAAUAAAAAAUGUGGUGCUUGAAUAUGACCUCAACAGAGUGAGAUUCACGAUCGUUACACUCAUCAUGACCCUGCCGGUAUAGAAACUUUUAUUGACACUGUGAUCUGUUCAUUUUCAGUAUUGUUGUUUCUUGGAAAUAUGACAUCUACACACUUGCUAUUGUUGUAUCAUUUUAGAGCCAGUUCUGCCUUUCAUAGAUGUUUCUUUCCCUCAGGUUGUUGGAGCAUGUUGUGAAAAUGUCAUUGGUUACAUGCCUCUUCCUGUUGGCGUGGCUGGACCACUGUUACUUGAUGGAAAGAACUAUUAUGUUCCCAUGGCAACCACAGAAGGAUGUCUUGUGGCAAGCACUAAUCGGGGUUGCCGUGCACUUUUGGUAAGUACUCAAACAUUUGAAUUUUCACUUGAAAACCUUCAACUAUCCUCAGCUUUUGAGAUUGUUCUUUUGAUUAUAGAAUUGGCCUGCAUUGUAUUUACCUAGUAGCCUUAAAUUGCUUUGUUUAAUUCCAGCUAAGUGGAGGUGUUAGAAGUUCUGUGUUUGCUGAUGGCAUGACACGAGGGCCAGUCAUUAGAUUUCCUUCAGCAUUAAUUGCAAGGUAAUGCGACUUUACUGGUCAUGACACAAAACUAGAAACAAAAAUCAUGCACAACAUGAAACACUUGACUUCAGGAACUUAAGAAUCAUUGUCUAGUUAAUUGAUUAUUGUUUUAAUUUCUUUUAUUGUUCUUUUAUUUAAAUUACCUUGUUUGCAGUGAUGUCAAAAUGUGGCUGGAAAAGGACACCAAUUUUAGGGAAAUCAAGCAUGUUUUUGACAGUACAAGCAGGUGUGUAUCAUGUGGACUAUCUGACUGUAGCUGUUGAAAGGUGCAAUGUAAUAAUGUUUGUUACAUUUUUGGCUAACUAUACACCUUUGUUGUAGAUAUGCCAGACUGCAGUCAGUGAAGGGAGUUGUUGCUGGUCGCUUGUUAUUUGUCAGAUUUGUUGCCUCAACUGGAGAUGCAAUGGGAAUGAAUAUGGUGUCAAAGGUAUUCAAUUUCUUCUGGUUUUAAGUGGACAGUGCUUUCUAUGGGAACUUAAAAUUUUAUAUGAAAGUAACUCCUCCUGGUGCUCUGAUGCCCAGCAAAACCAAACUAACCUCCAAUCUGAGUCUUUGUAAGCACAGUCUUUAAUUCAUUACUAAUAUAUUCAUGCUAGUGUUUUAUCCAAUACCUACAUGUAUGCGGUAGGUACCUCAGGGUUAAUAUAAAACCCUACUUCUUUGUCAUUUGGGUUAAAUAUAACAGCUUUUCAAAUACUAUCGCAAUAUUUCAGGGAACAGAGAAAGCACUUCAUUGCUUGCAAGGACAUUUCCCAACAAUGGAAGUGUUGAGUUUAAGUGGCAACUUUUGUUCAGAUAAGAAAGCAACUGGUGUGAACUGGAUUGAAGGGAGAGGGAAGUCUGUUGUGUGUGAAGCUAUUGUGCCUGGGCAUGUUGUAAAUAAGGUAAAAUAAUCUAGAUCAUAAUUGAGUAUAUAAUGCCUAUAUCAGUUUACAUUAUACAUAAACUGUAUAUGUACACUUGUCCUGACUUGUACAUAUGUACACCAGAAGCAAAAGGCAGAGCAGUUUGUAGACCUGUGUAGUACAGUUUUCUGAUUUGUUGUUUUGUUUACAUCAGGUUUUAAAGACAACAGUGCCAGCACUUACAGAACUCAAUGUCAGUAAAAAUUUGGUUGGUUCAGCCAUGGCUGGAGCCAUUGGAGGAUUUAAUGCGCAUGCAGCUAACAUAGUCACAGCAGUAUUUAUAGCAACAGGACAGGUAAUAACUUUGCUGCUUCACAAAGCUACCCUGGCCAUUGUUAAGACUUGCAUGUUAUUUAGAAAUCUUGGAACCUGUCAAAUUUUGGAAUAAAAGAUGAGGUGAACUGCAGUCAUACAACUGCAAAUCACUGUUGUAAUAGCAAUUCAAGCGAUCAUAAAUUAACCCAAAAAAACAGAUCAUCUUUCAUCCCAUAUUUCAUUCCUUUUAUGGGUUAAAAUGAACUCAAUAAAUUGGCCAGUUCACAAUGUGUGGGUCUUCAUAGCUCAGUGGGUAGAGCACAGCAGUGUUAACAAAAAUUUAUUUAACCUCAUUUAAGUUGCAGUUGUUUAAAUUGUUAUUAUAACUGUGAGAUUCAUACAUUGGAAUUGAAAGUAUCUUAAAUUUGAGAAUUAUUUAAUGGUCAUUUGUGACAACAGGACUUAGUCAAAACAUUGCAAUCUUCAUAAAACUGAAGGUCAUUUCUCUGUGAUUGCAUUUUCUUGUCAGUGAUAAAUCUUAAUAUUUAAUGUUGAUAUGCUAAAUGUUUUUAUUUUUCCCUAGGAUCCAGCACAGUGUGUUUCCAGCAGCAACUGUAUAACAUUACUUGAACCAUGUGGUCCAAACAAAGAAGACCUGUACAUCAGGUAGCUUAAUUUUUUCCACAUGUUUAUGUUCCCUGUUUGUGUGCUUGUAGAGUCUUUUUGUUUUAUCAACGUUUUAUGGAAAUUACAAAGAAAAAAACACUCUACUGUUAGGAUUUGUAUACAUAAUAACUGAUUGAUCUCAUGUCAUGUAGUUUGUCAUCACUUUAGCUUGAAAGCAGUUUAUCCCUGACUUGAUUUGUUUUCCUGUUGUGAUACCUGUCUUUUUCACUUCAUUCAGCUGUACAAUGCCAUCAUUAGAGGUUGGCACAGUUGGUGGAGGAACAGUUCUUAGUCCACAGUCAGCCUGUCUCAAGGUUUGUUAAAACAUCGUUUCCUUUUACUUUUAGUUUUAAAGAGGAGAAAUAAAACAACAGAUUCCUUCUCUGAGAUAAUCCGUGGGCCAGAAGAUAGAUUAUCAAAAAUGAUUCCCUUACUUUGGUUGGUUCUUGAACCUCUCCCAAGGAUAAACCUUUUGAAAUUCAAAUAACGUAUCAUUAACUGGAACCGCAACGUCUUUAAGAAUUUGGGUGUGGGCUUGUUUGAAAGUAGCCUGUUCCAGGCGUUCAGAUCGUGGGGACAGCGCAAAGAGAUGUGAGCCGCACUCCACUAUCUGAACGCUUGCAACAGGCUACCCUGAAAGCCUGGGAAACACUGUUAAUUUUGGUGAUGUUAACCCAUACUUUCACUGAAUUUGUGUUUCAUUAUUUUGUGUUGCAGAUGCUUGGUAUUCAAGGAGCGAAUAAAUCAGAGCCUGGUAAGAAUGCUACAAAGUUAGCACAAAUAGUGUGCAGCACAGUGCUUGCUGGAGAAUUGUCUUUACUUUCCGCUCUUGCUGCUGGCCAUCUGGUUAAAAGUCACUUAACACUAAACAGGUAUUGUCUUUAAGUGAGAUAAACUCAUAAGGACGCUAUAUGAUGCUUAACAGAUAAAUAAAUGAAUAAAUAAAUAAAUAAAUAAUGAUUUGGAGGUAGCACAUCCACAAAAAAGUGGUUCUUCGUCUACCUGAUUCCUGGUGAGGAAAAGGGAAAACCGGAGUACCCGGAGAAAAACCAACAACAAACUAAGAUCUAAAUUUUGAUCUCAGUAAGUGGGUACCAUUCAGAUCUUUCACGCAGUCAGGUCUGUAUAAUAUAACAGGCCCUUAAUGUUAUAUGGAGAUGGUACUUUUGGUAACAGUUUAUACUGAACAUAUUGUAUUAGAUUAAUUUGGUUGUUGUUGUUGUUCUCUGUCUUGCUGUUAAUACCGUCGUAUGUUAUUUCUUUCUUUAGAUCAACAGUGAAUCUAGCGGAAGAUGCAAGCAAGAACUGUGCUGUAUUAUAGCUGAACCUAAUAGUAUCAGUCCACUCGUGGGUCAAGCUGGAGAAGAACAGAAUUUUUUGGUCUAGACAGUUUUUCUGACGGACAUUUCUUUGUGAAAUUCGCUUGUUUAGAAAUUUUCAAACGAACAGGAACGGUUGAUCCAUGCGGUAUCAAAAGAUGGGGAUCACUUAGGAAAACAAAAGAAUUAAAUAACUCCUACUAGGAAAAUGGAAAAGCAAGUUUCAAAAGAGAAAGUUUACUAUAGUUUCUUUAACUAAAACUAGUAAUAACCAAAGGUUAGAGAGUGCGGGCGACAACGAUCGAAGGUGCUUUGCGUAAGUUUCACAAGACAGAUGUUCAAAACACGCUUGAUCAGAUUGCGAGUGAUAGAAGGUCCAAACGACUGCUGGCCAUAUACAUGUGACGCAUGCGUAAUAA